AUGAGAUAAGAGCAUAAAAAAGUAGGUUACAGAAUCGUGUGCAGUAAAUCUUCCUAAGAACAAUAGGGUUCUUGAAAACCUCAAAUCUUAGACUCAUAAAACCAUUGAUUUUGUGCAGAUCUUUAAGGUAUCAAAUCUAGCUUUGAAGAAUUUUGUUAAGUAUGGGGACAACAAGAAUUGACAUGUUGCCUGAUUGUGUCACUCAUAUUGUUCUGUCUCACCUUGGCUUUAAAGAAGCAGCCCGGAUGAGUAUUCUCUCCAAAACAUGGUUACGUGCCUGGUUAACACAUCCAAAUUUAGAAUUCAGAAUUUAUGAUUUCAAAUGUAUAAAAACAAUAGACGAAAUCUUGGAAAGAUAUAGGGAACAAAAUAUCCCUAUAGAAAAGCUUAGUUUCUAUGUUACUGGUGAAGUUUUUCCCCUGAUUGAUAAGUGGUUUCGAAUUGCUCUUCAAAAUGGUGUUAAGUAUCUUGAAUUUGGAUAUACUGAUUAUGGUUGUCAUUUCCAACAUAUAUUAUUGUACCCCUUGCCUGUUUUCACUAUCUUGGCAGCAAAAUCUUUAAGAAAAUUGGUUCUCAAGGACUGUGAUCUCAUGCAACUUCCGUUAUUAUCUAGUGGUGUGGCCAAUUAUUGUGAUUCUUUGAGAGAGCUUUCUUUAAUAGGUGUUCGUUUAGACGACAACAUGCUUCAGACUCUGUUAACUACUUGUCCUAUGAUUGUCAGUUUCACCAUUAAGCAUUGUAUUGGGUUGGAAAAGGUUGAGUUGCGGAAUCUCCAGAAGAUAAAGAUGGUUUCUGUUUAUAUCGAUAAAAAACAGCCUGUUGAAAUUCAAGCACCAACUCUUGAACACUUGUUUUGUUGUGGUCUUGCGGAAAAGAGCCUUAAGUUGGAUAUUGUUGCAUGUCUUAAUCUGAAAUCUUUAAAGCUAUCAUGUGUGAAGAUAUCUGAUCGAUUUCUCGAGAAAGUUACUUGUGAAUGUCAAUUCCUUGAGAGUUUGAUGUUAGAUAACGUCGUUAGUAAAGGGAGUAAAAAGCUUAAAGUUUGCGGGAGUCAAUCUCUUAAGAAAUUGGAGAUUCGUGGUUGUGAUGCCAUAGCGGUGAUUGAUGAAGCUCCAAAUUUGGAAUCACUCGAGUAUGUUGGAUGCCAUAUUCCUGUGCUUAAAACUGGGAAAACAUUUGGCCCAUUGAAGCACUCGCGUAUGGAAUUAUAUCGCCACAGCAAUUUAAAUGCUCUAUGGUUCUGUAAAUUGAGGAAAUUUCUGUUUAACUCGAACUCUUUGUUUCAAAUUACCCUUCACUUCCCCAAAUGCAUUAAAAUCGACAUGGGACAUUGGGAUCCUUAUCGUGGAUUAUUUACUAUCCCCCAAGUGGACGUGUUAAAUGUGCAUUUAGCUUGGUCAAUGAAGUGUCCAGUUUUUAUGGAUGCUUUAUUAUGGAGCUGUCAUCCUAGGAGACUCAACUUAUUCUCGACUAUACGAAUGAUUACAUGUUUCAACAAUCAUUUAAUGCGUACGAAGAGUUCAAGUCUUUCUAGUUCUCGUGGAAGCAAGCCUUGGCAAUGUCAAUUAGUAGAUGUGCGAGUCCAUAGAGAAGACUUGAGCGGGCAGCCUGUGGAACAUAACAAGAGGAAGAGAAUUUGUUUUUCAUUAGAUUGGAGGCUUGAUCAUUCCCUUGUUUUGCCUGGAGACUCAACCUAUUCUCGACUAUACAAAUGAUUACAUGUUUCAACAAUCAUUUAAUGCGUACGAAGAGUUCAAGUCUUUCUAGUUCUCAUGGAAGCAAGCCUUGGCAAUGUCAAUUAGUAGAUGUGCGAGUCCAUAGAGAAGACUUGAGCGGGCAGCCUGUGGAACAUAACGAGAGGAAGAGAAUUUGUUUUUCAUUAGAUUGGAGGUAGUUUCUCUCUAAUGCAAAUUGAAUGCACAUAUUCUUUAAUAAAGCUUACUACUUUAUAUAUUUCCAGAAUAAAUUCUAGAUACUCAGAUUUGAGUCCCAUUUGAGUUCUAGUAAAUAUCAAUUCUUUGAUUAAUGGAAGUUGUUCAGCACAUGACUUGAUACACUGUGUUUGGUGCUUUUCUAUUCAAAAUUUCAGCUUGUGGCCUCAAUUAUGUGUACUGCAGUAGAGGAAAAUUUAUGCUGCAUCUGGUUCUAUUUUAAACUUCUCAUUCCUGUUCUUAUAGCCUAUAGGAAUAUAAAAACUAUAUAGCACUUCCUUUUCCCAUAUGGUAACUAUUUGGUUUUCAAAAUUUUGCAAGUAAUAUCUUCUGUGGUUCUGUUGAAAUAGGGAGUAGUAUUUUGAAAGAAGCAGGGCAGAUCCUGCUAAAGCAAAGCAAGUUCUAACAGAGGGCUAACUUCUUAUCUACUCUUGUAAAUUUCUAGUAAAUUUUCAAAUCUUAUCUAUAUUGUUUUAGAAAGUAUAUUCUCAUUUGCAAAAGGUGACUUGGAUUUAGGUUCGUGUUUAUCUCGCGCUCAGGGAGGCAAAUCCAUCUCUUUUUUGCCUUUAGGCUCAAUUCUCGUGAGCGUGAGUCCAACCCCUCUUACGAGCUCUUUAUUAGCACACUAGACUUUUAUAAAGUGGUGAUCGACUUUCCUUGAGAUACUAUUCACACUCUAAUAAUUAACCGAGGAACUUCAGUUUUCCUUCUUUUGAGAUGCUCUCAAGUGUUCCGUGUUGUGGCUGUAAAUGACUAGGCUUGAUCAUUCCCUUGUUUUUCCUGGAGACUCAACUUAUUCUCGACUAUACAAAUGAUUACAUGUUUCAACAAUCAUUUAAUGCGUAUGAAGAGUUCAAGUCUUUCUAGUUCUCAUGGAAGCAAGCCUUGGCAAUGUCAAUUAGUAGAUGUGCGAGUCCAUAGAGAAGACUUGAGCGGGCAGCCUGUGGAACAUAACGAGAAGAGGAGAAUUUGUUUUUCAUUAGAUUGGAGCUGACCAGUUUAAUGCCUAAUGCCUGCAAUCUCAAUCGCAGCAAAGGGUGGUAUGGGAGUCAGUAACCUCAGAAUCUAAAAUCUUGUUCGCGUCAUGGUGAUGCAAUCACGCCAUAUGGGUCGGCUGAGGCACUACUCUUAGCUUGUAAAAUCGCGAUCAUGGGCCUGAGGGCUGAGAUCAUGGCCUCAAAAGAGGAAGAGAACGGCCAGAAAAGAGUUCGUAAAGGGUAUCCACGAGCUGAAUAGAAGGAUGUAAGAAAGAUAUAUCAUCCAAAAUUUCUGGCGAACAAAGUGAAAAAGAGUUCUAUAAGUUUCUUUGUUCAUGAAAGAUGGGUAUACGUGUAAGGAUGUUGAGUUUUCCAGCUUGCAUGAAGGGUCGCGAUGGGAGGAAAUUGCUGGUUUGUCAAGGCUAUCGGAUCUGCCAAAUAGAGUACUUUGGCAAACCCAAAGUAUAGGCUCUUACAUUACUUCCAAAUCGGUCUAUCUAAUGGUUUGAUACCCUUAUUUUCCCAGUAAACAUAUGUAUGUUGUUGCAAUUAUCUAAAUUUCGAGCCUGUGACAUUUCUACAUUACUUCAGUGUUCCUCUGGUGAUAGCAGCUGUAGAAUAUACAAAUAUUGGACGUUAUUCUGAACUAUCGUCUGUAUUUCUCCACUAAUAAUGGUUGGCUGCAGGGCUUCGCAAUUUUAGGAGCUUCUCAAUGUUGAAUUGCUAGUAGAACUCAAUGUUCCUUUUUGGCAAUAAGUGUGAUUUGCGUCAAGGCUGCCUAGUUGGAACAAGAGCAACCCGAAACCUGUUGCAGAGUCCGAUUUUCAAUAAGGGGAUACAAAACAUAAAAAGACAAAUACAUGUUGAAGCUAAGCGGAUUCAACAUUUAAUUUAUAUACAUAAAAAGUAAAUUUUACUUUGUAUAUACAGUGAAACUUUCCAGCAAUAGGGGAUUCAGAUGAACCCCUUGCGCCCCUAGCUCCGCUUCCUGCCUGCUGAAACCAUCAAUGAGUUUGGUUAUAGGUGAUCUCUGUUGAAGAGUUUUCAGUUUAGCAUAAGUGUUGCAGCUAAUUCAAAGGUUUUAAAGCUUAAGAUACAUUUGUCUUUAUUACUUUUGAAGACGUCGCUUAUUUUCUGUCUUGGGUUGUAUAUUCUCUUUCGUUAAUUAGUGUGAUAUUACAGUAGCAAAUGUGCUACUUAUAUAUAUGUUUCAUUAUUUCUUCCAUUUUAUGAACAAUUAUUUAUUUAUAUAACUUCUUUGUUGUUUCUUGAGCUAAGAUGGAACAUUAUUCAAAAGAAUAAAACUGAAAACGCAAACGAUAAACGUGAAUCAUAAGUUCGCAUGAUUUCAAAAUUGGAUAAUGAUAUCUAACCGUUUAAAGUAGAUACCAUAAAGAGUUGUUUAGUUAUUAUACUAGUCAUAGAUGGAUUGUAAUGCGGGAUUGUUUAUAUGGUUAUUAAUAAUGAAGAUUGUUAUGCUGUGAAUUAUUGGAUAUGAUGAUAAGUGAGAAAGUGUAGCCUUCGAGGUUUCUGCCGGAGAGCGUAAAAGAGUAAAAGAGUGAUGAGAGUCUGUGAUACGAGAUUGUUAUAGGAGCGGAAUGUGUGCUCGUGAUCCGAGGUCAUUUACCGUAGGGAGAGAGUGCUCGAUGCCUGAUGUGUCUUGUCGGGAUGAGGUGCACAUGGACUCGCCGGUCCCCCAUGGGUCAUGGCUAUGAGAUUUGAUCCUGAGCAUGUGUGUACGGUACAUAACGGUUGGCCAGUGCAUCACAUAUUCAUACACUCAUUUGCAUUGAUUGAUUCUGUGUCUUGACUGAUAUUUGUAUUUCGUUUGAUUCUAUAUUUCGACUGAUCUUACUCAUGUCUGACUUUAUACUGAGACUGAUCUUGAAGUGUGCUCCAUUGCUUAUGUGCUUACUCGUGGAUUAUUGUCUUUUAUAUAUGUGAACUAAUUGUUGUCGGUCUAUGAUGCUUACAAGUAUUGUGGUGUACUGAAACUACCUUGUUGUACUCUUUUCUGAGUGCAGAAUUCGCUACAGCUUCCAUGUCACGACCUCGCGAGUGAUCCCGAGACCUUCGUACCGAAGACUUCAGGGUGAGCCAUGCCACAUCCGCAGCCCAAAGCCUCCUUCUCUUACAUAUCUGUCCUUUGCUUUCUUGAGACAAUUAUUUCAUGUUGUUACGAGACUAUUCUAGUUUUCACACAUUGUUAUUAGGAUUAGUUGCUCUUGUACCGUUUCAGACUAGAUCUCUUGGGUUGUAAUGUUAAUGUUGCAUACUCCACACUUUUAUUAUUAUGCUUCGAU